CCUGACUCUCUUAGAGGCGGCUGCACGCCGCACACCCCGCCGGCCACAGAGCGCCACCGCUCGCUGAUGCACAUGUUUAUAUAAACCCAACCACCUCUGGUCCCCUUGACUUGUCUCCUUCACGGCGGGCUCGCAGCCACACGCACGCCGCCGACUUCCCACAGAGCGAGACCGGGCCGGCUGUCCUCUCCGCGCGGGGGAAAAAGGGGAAGAAAACCCCCGGGGACCUUGCGAUGAUCUCGCUGGACUUUAAUUUCAACAUUUGGACGAGGGAUCUGUCACAUUAUCUGGAAAACCAAGUGAAAGUCGGGCUGUUCGGAUCGGGAGUGGGUCUGUCUCUGGUGCUGGGCUUUAGCGCAGCGUACACCUGCUACUACCUGCUCUCCGUAGCGAAGAAGCCGCAGCUCAUCUCUGGGGGUAAGAAGUUCUACCACUUCCUGAAGGAGCAAUGCCCGGUGGUGUCCGAGACCUACUACCCCACCUUCUGGUGCUGGGAGAGCCGCAUCCAGACCCUGCUGAGGCCCUUCGUCACCGCCAAACCCGGGGUCGUCUACCGAAAUGAGCUUAUUAAGGGAGCGGAUGGAGGACAGAUCUCCCUGGAUUGGUUCGACAACGACGACAGCGUCUCUCACCCCGACCCUGCCGCGAGGCCCACGGUCCUCCUGCUGCCCGGUCUGACCGGCACCAGCCGGGAGUCCUACAUCCUGCACAUGGUCCAGCAGAGCCGGGAUCUGGGCUAUAGAUGCGCGGUGUUCAACAACAGAGGGGUGUCCGGUGAAACACUGCUGACCCCGAGGACGUACUGCGCCGCCAACACGGAGGAUCUGGAGACCGUUAUUGAGCACAUCCAGAGGACCAAUGAAGCGGCUCCAAUCAUGGCCGCUGGGGUGUCCAUGGGCGGGAUGAUGCUGGUCAACUACCUGGGGCGCAAGGGCCGGAAGACGUGUCUGAAAGGGGUCAUAGUCUUCUCAGCGGGCUGGGAUGUGUUUGAGUGCACCGCUUCACUGGAAAAACCCCUGGACCGCUUCCUCUUCAACUCCUACCUCACCAGCUGCCUACAAGCCUCCGUGCACAGACACAGACCGGUGCUGGAAAAGUGUUACGACAUCGAUCAUAUCAUGAAGGCAAAGACCAUUCGAGAGUUUGAUGAGAGGUUCACCUCCAUAAUGUUUGGCUAUCCGACCAAUGAUGACUACUACCACGAUGCCAGUCCUGUCCACAAGCUGAAGUCUGUGCAGGUGCCAAUGCUGUGUCUGAACGCCGCUGAUGACGUCUUCUCCCCGUCUCACGCCAUUCCAGUGGAGGCGGUGAAGCAGAACCCCCACCUGGCCAUGCUCAUUACCUGUCACGGCGGCCAUAUUGGUUUCCUGGAGGGCCUGUGGCCCCGGCAGAGCACGUACAUGGACCGGGUCUACCGGCAGUUUACGAAGGCGGUCUUCGAGCAAGGCGGCGGACUCCAAGACCUCUCCCGAUGAGAGGGCCAAGGGUUCCGCUUGCCUUUCCUCCUUCGUUUCUUUAAUCUCUUCUUUCCUUUCUGAUAUUUACAAUUCCUCCUUGUAUCUCUGCCUUCCUUCGCCCAUUCCUUUGACGUUUCUACCCUUUCACCAAACGAGCCCUUCGUUCCGUCUCAUUCCACCCUCCCUUCAGUCCUUCCUGCUCCACCUAAUCCCCGUUCCACUUCCUUCCUUCCUUCCAUUGACUCUCUUUCUUUCUCUGCUCUCCGUCCUUCCGUUGAUUUCUUUCUCCUGCCACGGGCAAAACAUAAAGCGCCCCUAACAAAUCCUAUCAUUUUCUCCAGGAGCUAACACAACUGUACUGUACAUGAAGAUCCGAUCGUCUUUGUCAAUGAGCCUUCUGUACAUCCAUCAGUAGGAUUCUAGCCCUCAGGGAUUUUCUUUAUUGGCUCACGCAUCCUGCGAAGACUUAUUUUUUCAAUCCUACUCCUUUUGAGUAGUGGUUUGAGGUUUUAAAGCUAAAUGCUAUUUCAUGCUAUUUCCGUAGUUCAAGAAAUGUAGUUAAAAACGCUAAUCUGCAUUGUGAGAAGAGUCCAAACUACAAGUAGUAAUAAUAAUAAUAAGCGUAGAACAAAGAGUGGGGGGGGGGGGGUGGUCAGCCAUCCAAAAGCAACACCAUUUGUUUUUACCCUCAGAGCCAAGCUAGCUAUUUCCCCACAGCUUAGCUUAGCUAACCGGCUGCCUUAUUUUUCACAUACUGUACCGACCUGAGAGUGGAAUCUUUAUAGCGAUUCACAAAAUGUUGAUUUUUUAUUUUUCUUCUCCCCCUUCAACCUCCUGCAUGCACUUUUUAAUUUUCUCACACACUACCCUUAACGCACACCAAAUAGCUCUCAAACGUAUGAUGAUAAGGAGGAUAAGGAGGAAAAUUAAUUAACGACAAGGAAUGUGAAAUUGCACUAUUUCCGUUGAUUUUACCACUCAAAUCCCUCAAAGCGAGGCACGUCAUUUCCGCCCCCCCCCACCUCCCCCGAGGCCUGAACACAGUGGAACGAUUCCAACGAGGUUUCCUCAUGAAGGCGCUGUGCAGGACAGUCCAAGGGUCUGCACGCCGUUCACGUUGUGUGAUGUGGAGGAAGGAACCCACGCCGUCUCAAGAUGCACAGUCCAUAGGAACCGGGUGCUCAAGUUGUUUUUGGCCAACAAUGAUCAAGGGUCCGAGUGUGAGUUGGCAUCGACGAAAACGAAUCGGAUUUGACGGGCGGGCCGGACUCUCGGUGACGCUCUGACUUCUGACCUGUCCCUGUGGCGAGUAGCAUGCGUCUCAUCCGCCUCAUCGCGUCCCCCCACCCCGAACCCGUAGCAUCACUUCUGUAGCACAAAAAGGACACGCUUGUCUGUCUUUACGUUGGAUGCUGCAAUUCAUUUUGCACAUUAGAUGAAAAAAAAGAAGAAAAAAAAAAAAAAAAAGAUCUCGCAUCUUCAACCUGUGCAGCAGUAAGAUUUUAAAUUGACAAAAGAAAUGUCUGUAGUACAGUUCUCAGUAUGUGCACAUUAUCACUAUGAGUGUAAUAUGCUGUAUUUAAUAAAUUAUUAAACAGAA